AGAGAAUUUGUGCUCUAGGAAUUGGGCGAUUUUUUAAAAAAUUUGAACUCAAAAUAUCUGAAUUACUCGUUUUCUCUCUCCUCUUUAAAACCUAAAAACUCUUAAGCUCUACACUACAUCUACCGCCGCUGCCCGCUUCACACCCUCACCGCCGCGGUGCCGCCUCAGACGGUCACGGACGCUGCCUACCUGUCGCUGCUGGUUGUCGCCAGUGGCUGUGGCUGCUCACAGUCUUUCUUUACAAAAACCCUAAACAUCAAAAUUUUGAUUUUUUUAUAGGUAUUUCAAAAAAUUGACUUUUGGAUCGUCUUUUGGCACUACUAAUUCAAAAUCUGAAAAUUCACCAACUGCCCUAGAAGAAGCUCAAUUGCCUGAACAACAUACCCCUUCUUCUGCUCAAAAAAGUAGAAUUGAUGUAAGUGUUCUUCCCUCCAAUUCUUGCUGAUAGAUUGUCAAUUUCAAAUUAUGAUGUGAUCGUGAUGAGGUAAGAAGAGCUUAUAUUCAAAGAGGUCCUUAUCAACCCAAAAAUGAUACUUAUCCCCAAACUAUAUUGUCUGGAUAUGCACGUCGAUUUAACAAGUCGUGGUAUGAUAAGUAUUCUAAUUGGUUAGAACAUAGUCUCAAGAAUGAUGCUUUUUGUUGCUUGUGUUAUUUGUUUGCAACUGAAAGUGAAAUUGCAAGUCACUAUGGAGGAUACAUAUUCAUUAGUAAAGGUUUAAGGACUUGGAAUAAUAUCAAAAGAUUUGAUAAACAUAUUGGGGGACCGGAUAGUAUUCAGAAUCAAUGUGUGAAAAGAUGUGAAGAUCUUUAUUUUCUACUGAUUAGUAAUGGAGGAGACACAUUCAUUAGUAAAGGUCUUAGGACUUGGAAUAAUACCGAAUAGUAUUCGUAGUUUUGAGUUGGAUACUUUUAUUGAUAGUUUUUCUAUCGAUUAGUGGUUUUCAAGCUUAUGUACUCUUGGUGAAUUCUCCAAAACAUUAGUUCAAUCCGAUUUGUACAAGUCUUGCCCAAAUUUUUAUAAGCUUUUGAAGUUGAAGUUGAUUUUGCCUGUAUCCAUAGCAACAAUUGAAAGAGUGUUCUCAACAAUAAUGAUUAUCAAAACUGAGUUGCACAACAAGAUAUCUGGGGUUUUCUUCAAGAAUUUGAAACAGUGUGCAUGUUGUAAAGAAGUAUAAUGGAACGUCUAGCAAAUUCAUGGCGCAUGUCUCUGAAUGAGAAGAAUUUUAUAGAAACAGCAUUGCUCUUGGACGUUAGAGCUGAUGGACGAUCGCCAUUAGAUUACCGUGAAUUAAAGAUCGAGUUUGGAAGAGAAAAUGGAUCAUCUGUUGUAGAGUUGGGGCAGACUCGUGUAAUGAGUUGUGUAACUGCGCAGCUAGUACAACCUUUUAGAGACAGACCCAACGAAGGAUCCCUUACUAUUUAUAUUGAGUUUUCUUCGAUGGCAGAUCCUUCAUUUGAGCCUGGUCGUCCUGGGGAGUCUGCCGUAGAGUUGGGCCGCAUCAUUGAUCGUGGUCUCAGGGAGAGCAGAGCAGUUGAUACAGAAUCACUCUGUGUUUGUGCUGGAAAACUAGCAUGGUCUGUCCGCAUUGAUAUUCAGAUUCUGGAUAAUGGAGGAAAUCUUGUUGAUGCUGCAAAUAUUGCAGCUUUAGCCGCUCUUAUGACAUUUCGACGGUCUGAAUGUACAAUUGGAGAAGAUGGACAGGAAGUAGUGGUGCAUCCACCACAGGUGCGGGAACCAUGUGCUUUGAUAAUUCAUCAUCUUCCUAUAGCGGUAACAUUUGCGUUUAUGACUCAAGAUAACAUUUUGGUGAUUGACCCAUCCUAUUACGAAGAGGCUAUUAUGAAAGGAAGAAUGACAGUCACUCUUAAUGCAAAUGAAGAUGUCUGUGCCAUUCAAAAAGCCGGGGAAGUUGGUAUUGGUGCAAGUGUUAUUAUACAGUGUUUGCGAAUUGCUGCUGUGAAGGCUGUUGAAAUAACAGGAAAGCUUGAAACUGCUGUCAAAUCAUACAAUGCUGAUAGAGAAAAUCAAAGGACUAAGCUCUUAUCUUCUAUGGAGUUAUUGCAUAUUAAUCCAUCAAACUCAUAUACGAGGGAUGACAAAUUUCAUUUUAUUUGUGAGAACAAUGAUUUGGAAGCUAAAAAACCUUCAUGUAAAGGGAAGGUGGAUGCAUAUAAAACUGAAGCUAGAGUGAAGGGCGGCCCUCUUUGUUGGGAUCCAUUUUCCAAAGGUGUGGACUCAAGACAUCUCAGAGCCUCUCUCUUUUCCCAUGGUAAAUUGAUGGUUGCCAAGGCGAACGAAGCACUUGUUGAAGGCCACCAGCUGGACUCUAAGUUGGAGUUGAAAUCGUCUGAGAUAGUAGAGAGAAACUCUUCUUUAGGAUCAUCUGCCAAUGCUAUUGAUGUCGAAAUAAAAUCCAAUGGCAUAAAGACACUAAAAGAUGCUGUAAAACCCAAAAUCAAGAGGAAAAAACCGUUGUUUUCAAACACAUUGUAAUUGUACUAGUUAGGCUAAAAGUAUGUUAGUUCUGAGAUGAAUUAUAUGUCGAUUCUGCCAUAUAAGAAAAUUGUGAGUUGUGACAUUGAGUAUUUUCUAGGAUGUCUUUUUUUUCCUUUCAUUGUAUAGAGUAUGUAAUUUGAUUACUUGUAUGUAUCUCAUUGUAAAUUUUACUUAA